AUGGAUCAAGAUCAUGAGUUAUGGAGGACGCUAAGAUGCGCUGGUAAAGCGCAAGAUAAGACCUCCGUUGAUACUCUCAUGCUUAAGUACCGUCCAAUCGCUCCAAAGCCGACGACGACUGGUCAACCAUUCGUCGGGGACACGAGCACAAGAAGGACGAAGAGAAAGUAUGUUAGGGUUUCUAAAAACAACAAAGCCACGUGUCGAUCAAAGAACGGCGUUAGAUCUAGCUCAAUAGAUCCAGAGAGUGGCCGUGAAGAUCUCGUGACGCUACAGCUCAUGCCGGAGAGAUCUACGCCGUUGAGUUUGGAUCAUCAUAGUCUCGAUCCAACGGUGAAAACACCAAUCGGAGAUGAAACCUUUCAAACCGGCAGGUGGCUCAAGUUUAACAGCGGAGAUGACGCGGUGCGUCCGGUUACGGUGGAGACGUGGGUGACGGUGGAAUCCGUUAACGGUGGCUCCGUUUCCCAUGCGGUAUGGUGUUCGGACGAAGAGGUCGCGGAUGCUUUAGAUAAAGACACGUGUCCUGGUUUUGUAUCGGAUGGUUCGAAUCGUGUUGUGAUGGUGAACGAGGCUUACCGGAGGAUUGUAAUCGGGGACGGUGGUUUGGAAAGAGAGUCGCCGUCGUCGUUGUUGCCGGAAGUGAUUGUGUGGUUGGUGGUUGACCAAACGGCGACGUUUUCUGACUACCGAACUUUCACCUGUAAGGUGAGACUUGAGUACACGUGGCGAGAGACGAAGUAUGUUAAAACGGUGCCGUGUGAUGUUUGGAAGAUGGGGUUUGGUGGAUUUGCAUGGAGGUUGGACACUACUGCUGCUCUAACUCUUUGGCUUUGA